UGCAUAAGCACACCAUUCCUUUUUACUGAAUCUUCAGCUCUGUCUGCAGGGAAGAUGUCUGACGUCCGCGCCGCGAGGAAACGGCAGCAGCUGAACAACCUGGUCGCCAUGGUGACGGAGCUGGCCCGACCGGGGGACACCGUGGUAGAUUUCUGCAGCGGAGGGGGCCACGUCGGGAUCGUUCUGGCUCACACGCUGCCCGACUGCCAGGUGAUCCUGAUAGAGAACAAGGAGGAGUCUCUGGUUAGAGGGAAGGUGAGGAGUGCUGAACUGGGCCUGACCAACAUAGGCUUCAUCCAGGCCAACCUGGACUACUUCACUGGACCCUUCCACAUAGGGGUGGCCCUCCAUGCGUGUGGCGUUGCGACAGACAUGGUGGUAGAGCAGUGUAUCCAGGCGGGAGCGACCUUCGUGGUCAGCCCCUGCUGCUACGGCUUCAUCCAGAACACACUGAAGUUCACCUUCCCCAGGAGCAAAAGGUUUCUGGAGACACUGAGUUACAAGGAGCACAUGAUCCUCUGCCGCUUCGCAGACCAGACAGCUGUCCAGCUGCCUUCAGAACGACGCUUAAUAGGUAAACAGUGCAUGGGCCUGGUGGACCUGGACCGCUCCUGGGCAGCGGAGACUCAUGGGUACUCUGUCAGGGUGAUGACCAUGGAGCCAGACAGCUGCUCCCCCAAGAACAACAUGCUGGUGGGUGUUGCUGGAGGCGGGGCUGGAGGGGACAACUAUGCCACACAGUAAACCAGAGGCAUGUUCAGUUGGCACCCAAAGGAAGGUUGAAAAACAAAAGGAACUACCUCGACUUGUCCAAUAAGAAGACAGAUUUACGUUUGUUGUUGAAAAAUGGUUUGCUACGGUUUGCCCUAAUGAUCACGACCCAGGGUUGUGUUCAGUCGGGAGAAAACGUCUUGAAGCCAAGUGAAUCAGGGAGGGAGGGACUUGUAAGGAGAACAUAGAACAGGACCCUGUAAGGAAACAAAAAGCAUCAGUCGCUGGACCAAGAUACUAAGUCAAAUCAAUCAUCUUGGAGGAGUUGAGGGAUUUGUCUUGAGAUCAGAGAAGAAUGAAUCACCCUGGUUGAAUUGAUGAUGAUGAUAUUUGACCUACAAUCAAGAAAAAGCCCUUUAGACCCUUUUCCCUAAUGAUGAUCUGGGGCAGGUGUCCAAGUGUUUCGUUCUCUUGGAAUGGUUUUAUGGGUAUUGGAACUGAGCAAUGUCUUUAUUUUAUCCCUUAAAUGAGUUUUAAUGAGCGGGCAAUUAUGUGGAUAUUGAAUUAAUAAACACACUGGAACUUGAGUAUAUUCCAAAAGUCUUGUACAAUGUUUAUUUUUAACCAUUUACUUUGCUCUAUUACUUCAUCCACACCAGGGCUCGCAACUGUUGAUUUGAUAUACAUUUAGGUCACUGCAUUAUGUAGCUGGAUUGACAUUUUAGUUCUGUUUCAAACCUUAGUUCUGUUUCAAACCUUAGUUCUGUUUCAAAAGUGUCUUAACUCAUAAAGCCUGCUUCUUACCAUUUCUAUUUUCUAUUUUUUGCCAAAACCAUUCUUGUCUGCCCCAACAGGAUUUACAUGAAGUAAAAUGAAUGUUCCUACCUCAAACAGGGGGAAAAUAAAUGGAUCAUAUUUCCACA